CCCAUCCAUCCAUCCAUCCACACAUCACCACCUCACCAUCUCCAUCCAUCUCACCCGUUAACCCGCUAAGCUCUCUCUCCAAGAUCCGCUUCGGUUUCCUCUCCGGCGAUCUCGCCGGCGACCAUGCCGGCGACCGACUACCAGGGCUCCUCCUCGACCCACUCCCACCCGUCGCCCUUCUCCUCGUUCGGCCGCUCCCUCCUCUCGCUCCGCCGCGACAGCCCCGCCGCCGCCGCCGGCGCGUCCCCGGCCAUGGCGUCCGGCGAGGAGGCCGACCUGGAGGCGUUCCAGCGGCACGUGGCGGCGCACCUCGCCGAUCUCAGGGGCGGGGAGGACGAGCUCCUGUCCAUCGAGUGGAUCCGGCGGCUGCUCGAGGCGUUCCUGCUGUGCCAGGAGGAGUUCCGGGUGGUGGUGGCGCUGGCGCGCCGCCGCGGGGCGCUGUCGGCGGCGGCGGAGAAGAUGGUGGGGGAUUUCUACGAGCGCGCGGUGAAGGCGCUCGACGUGUGCAACGCCGCACGCGACGGCGUCGACCAGGUCAGGCGGUGGGAGCGGCUCGCCGGCAUCGCGGCGUCCGUGCUGCUCGCCCCAGGGGAGAUCCACGAGGGCCAGCUCCGCCGCGCGCGGAAGGCGCUCUCCGACCUCUCGGUGCUCCUCAUCGACGACGCCGCGGCCGCCGCGGGUGGCGGCGGCGUCGCCUCCUUCCUCUCCUCCCACCGCAACCGCUCCUUCGGCCGCGCCCGCGCGUCGCCCUCCCGCUCCGCGACGCUCGCCUCCUCCUCAUCCUCCUCGUCGUCGUCCUCCUCCUCCUCCCACUUCCGCUCGCUCUCGUGGAGCGUCUCCCGCAACUGGUCGGCGGCUAGGCAGCUGCAGGCCAUCGGGUCCGGCCUGGCGGCGCCGCGCGCGCACGAGGGGGGACUCGUGGCGCCGGUGUACUCCAUGGGCUGCCUGCUCCACCUCGCCGCGUGGGCCCUCGUCGCCGCCGUGCCGUGCCCGGACCGCGCCGCCGCGCUCCAGGCGCACCACCUCCCCGCCGCGCCGCCGCGCGCCGCGUUCCCAUGGGCGCCGCCGCUGCUCGCGCUCCAGGAGCGCCUCACCGAGGAGGGGAAGCGCAAGGACAGGCGCAACUCCUGCGGCCUCCUCAAGGAAAUCCACGCGCUGGAGAAAUGCACGCAGCGGCUCGCCGAGGCGAUCGACGCCGCACCCGUCCCGCUCUCCGGUGAGCGCGAGGCCGAGGUACGGGAGGCCGCCGCCGAGCUGGCUGCCGUGUGCGCCGCCAUGAGGGCCGGCCUUGAGCCUCUCGAAAGGCAGGUCAGGGAGGUGUUCCACCGCAUUGUUCGCAGCCGCAUGGAGGGGCUCGAUUCGCCGAUGCUCAACGCCGAUUGAAACAUGGAGAAUUCACAUUUGAUCGCGCAAUGUGGUGGUGAUAGGUAAUGCCGAUCGAACCGUCGAGAAUUUGGAUUUGAUCGCGCAAAUGUGGUGGUUAUAGGUAGCUCUCCUGUUCUUGGUUUUUUUCCUCACUUGUGGUGGUCUAGUAGUAAUUAUAAAAUGUGUGCCGUUCUGUAAAGGAAGGGGGGAAAGGAAAGGAACCAUCUUUAUGUAAAGAUGAUUCCUUCUUCCCAUGUUUUGAUGCUGCAUUUGGUGUAUAUCAUGGCAUUUUUGUUAGUCCUCCAUGUGUGCGCGGCUAAUUCUGGGAGUAACUUAUAGUUGAAAAAUCUGUGAGGUCGCUAUGAAAUGUGGCCUGUUGUCGAGAAUGUCGACAAAAAAAUUAAACAAGAAAAAAAAAUCUACUGUGGUUUAGUUCGAUUGUGUUGUGUCAUAAUUCAUGUUUGGUCCUGAUAUUUGGAUGGUUUAAUCAAAAGGUCAAAUCUUGAAACUA